AUGGGAGAAGAGGCCAAAUACCCGGCAGAGUCGCCGCCAGCGACACCAGCGACGGCACCAGCGGCCGCAGCGGACGAGGAGAAGCAGCCGGCGGCCAUGGCUACGGACAGCAAGGGGCUCGACGCAGAGGCACCGCAGGCCGGAGUGCAGCAGGUCGAGGCCAUCGCGACGGUCUGGUCGAUGACCUCGCUCGUCCUGACGUACGCCUUCAUCUGGAUUGUCUACUUCAUCAUGCAGAUGGAGAUGGGCGUCGUCGCGGCGCUGACCCCCUUCGUCACCUCCGCCUUCCAGCACCACUCGCUCACGCCGACGGUGGGCAUCCUCAGCAGCGUCAUUGGCGGCGUGUGCAACCUGACAGUCGCAAAGAUCCUCGAUGUCUUCGGGCGGCCUCAGGGGUACGGCAUGUCGCUCGCCAUUGCAACCGCCGGCCUUGUCAUGAUGGCGGCCACCGCCAACGUCGAGACCUAUGCCGCAGCGCAGGUGUUUUGGACCGUCGGCAGUAACGCCUUGCUCUACAGCAUCAAUAUCUUUGUCGCCGAUACGACCAGCAUGCGGAACCGUGGCCUGAUGACCGCCCUCGCGGCCUCGCCCAACAUCAUCACCAUCUGGCUGAGCGGGCCCAUCUCAGAGGGCUUCCUGGAAGGGCCCGGCUGGCCCUGGUGCUUCGGGGCCUUCUCGAUCAUCGUUCCCGUGCUUUGUCUGCCGCUGCUGGGCGUCGUCUUGCACAACUACUUCAAGGCAAAGAGGCAGGGUGUCAUCGCCUCGUCCACCAGCCGCAGGACCCUCUGGCAGUCCUUCCUCUACUACUGCCGUGAGUUCGAUGCCAUCGGCCUUUUGCUCCUCACGGCCGGACUCACGCUAUUUCUGCUGCCCUUCAACCUGUAUGCUCUGCAGCCGCUGGGCUGGCGCUCCCCCUUGGUCAUCUGUCUGCUUGUCUUCGGCCUGGCGCUGAUGGUUCUCUUUGCGUUGUGGGAGAGGUACUUUGCUCCGGUCAAUUUCAUCCCCUAUCCCCUGCUGCUUGAUCGCAACCUGAUCGGCGCAUGUCUGCUGGGAACAGUCCUCUUCAUCAGCUUCUUCUGCUGGAAUAGCUUCUUCAGCUCCUUUCUCCAGGUCGUCAACGGCCUCAGCGUGACCAAGGCCAGCUACGUUGUCCAAAUUUAUAGUCUCGGCAACACCAUCGCUGGAAUUGCUGCUGGUGUUGUGAUUCGCUAUACAGGCCGCUACAAGGCGAUCACACUCUAUGGUGCCAUCCCAAUAUACACCCUCUUCAUGGGCCUGAUGAUCUACUUCCGUGGUCCAGAGGCUAAUAUCGGCUAUAUCGUGAUGUGUCAGAUCUUCAUCGCCUUUGCCGGCGGAGUCCUCAUUAUCACCCCUCAGAUCGCCGCCAUGUCUGCCGGAAACCACCAGCAGAUCGCCGCCAUCCUUGCAAUCUUAUCUAUGUUCUCGGCCAUUGGCGGAGCUAUCGGUCUUACCGUUGCCGGUGCCAUCUGGCAGUCCGUCUUCCCAGCCAAACUCCUCGAAUACCUCCCCGUCGAGGAACAGGCCAAUCUUCUUGAAAUCUUCGGCAAGCUGGAACCCGGUACUACUAUAUGGGCGAUCGGAUUUGCUGCCGCCGCUAUUUGGAGAAACGUCGAUGUAAAGCAGAUAAAACAGGUCAAGGGACAGGUUAUUUAGAAGAAAGGGAAAAACGAAUAAAAAAUAAAAUAAAAGCUGGGCGUUUUUGGAUAAUCGAUGGCUCGGCAUAGCACAGUAUAGCAUGGCAUAGCGUAUACAUAUAUAAUGAGUGUGAAAUGUUGAUUAUUUUCGUCUCUUGAUUCAACGUGUUCUAAUAGCCUCCAGAGCUUAUCACCAUGCAAUAUACAUCGCAGUCCUACAUUUACAGACAAGUUCUAUAGUAGCUUUCUUGUCUUAUAUUUCCAACCUUCGUGUAGUUUUUAGAUAACCACAAAAUCCACUAUUUUGUCUCUAUAUAUACAUCGUGCACCCAAUUACUAACUUAUUCAAGGAUUAUAGUUCUUACCAAUAUAGUAUAUCUAGUGAGAGAAAA